UGGGAGAUGCCGUUCCCUUGUCUCCCCCCACAAUGCCUUGCGCGAGGCAGCGAGCCCAAAAUGGCGGCGCUCGCGGUGCGUGAUACCCUCUGAGAGCUGGUUGUGAUUACCAUGGCAGGAACCUUGGGCCUGGUUGGCCGUCAGGGUUGGCAUGCGCUUCGCGGCUCCGUCUCAGGAACAAGUAUCUCUUUCCUGAAGAACAGAGCUCAGCAGGUCAGGAUUUUCCCUGUUUGCUUGUAUGGAUGUUCUGCCCUGGAUCACAUCCUUGGGAUUUCUAAAGAGGAUGCAAAAUGUUUGGUGGGCCAGCAUCCUCCACCUGUGAAUGCCUUUCAAGCUGAGCAAGAUGAUUUGCUGGGCCACCAGCCAGAUCAGCCAGAGAAUCCCAAAGUCCUGAGAGUUGCCGUUAUUGGAGCUCCAAAUGCUGGGAAAUCAACCCUGUCAAAUCAACUCUUGGGCCGGAAGGUCUUGCCAGUGUCAAAGAAGGUACACACAACGAGGUGUAGUGCCCAGGCCAUCAUCACAGAGGAGGACACCCAGCUGGUUCUGUUAGAUACGCCUGGACUCACCACUUUAGCCAAAGCCAAAAGGCACAAUUUGGAAAAGUCUCUACUGCAGGACCCUUGGAAGAGCUUGAAGACUGCAGACUUAGUGCUGGUACUUGUGGAUGUCGCAGAUCACUUUACCCGGAACCAGCUCCACCCCCAGGUGCGCAAGUGCCUCUUCCAGUUCUCACAGGUUCCCAGCAUCCUUGUCUUGAACAAGGUGGAUUUGCUGAAGAAGAAACUUCUUCUUCUGGACAUAGUUAUGGAACUCACUGAGGGAGUUGUCAAUGGGAAGAAGGUUCAAGCUACAUCUGUGUCAAAGAGACUUUCCCCUACUGCCACUCAUAGCAAUUCUCAUGAGAGCACCCAGGAUUCUGUGACCUGUGAGGUUACAACUAUAAAGUCUGGGGACUCAGUGGAACCAAGCAGUCCCCAAGCAGGCUCUGAUUCAGGCCCCAAAGCCAACAACAUUAUGGAAGAGGUGGCUUCUGCAGGAGAGAGCAUGAAGAAACAAAGGAAGGUGUCCAAGAACGGUUGGCCUCACUUUCAGGAUGUCUUCAUGCUGGCUGCAGUUAACAGAGAGGAGGUGGAAACACUGAAGAAGUACCUUCUGAUGCAAGCCAAGCCAGGCCCCUGGGAGUUUCAUAGCGAGGUUCUGACUAGCCAGUCGCCUCAAGAGAUUUGUGACAACAUCAUCCGUGAGAAGCUCCUUGAGUAUUUGCCUGAGGAAGUGCCCUACACUGUGCAACAGUGCACAGAGCUUUGGGAGGAGGGACCCAGCGGGGAGCUGGUCAUUCUGCAGAACUUGGUGGUCCAGAAGGAGACCCAUUUGAAGAUGCUGAUUGGCCCACAAGGCCAGGUGAUCAGUACGAUUACCAACGAGGCCGGUCGUGACCUGAUGGAUGCUUUCCUGUGUGAUGUCCACUUGAAGCUCUACGUGAAGCUGAAGAAAUGAGUCCUUUGGACUUCGGGUACUCCUGCAGGAACUGAACAUGCAGAUGCAGAGGGGACUGCCAUCAGCCUCCCCCCCCCCCCCCUCUGGAGCUGGCCUCUUCAUGCCAGGAGACUGUGAAGUAACCGUAGUGCUGCAAGGUUCUCUGGAUGCAUCUCUGUUCCCACAAAGAUUGUAGCAGAUGCGGGGGGGGGGGGGGGCCUGGUCUUCCCUCCCUAGUUAUGACAUGAAGUGGUCCUCUCAGGCUACUGCCAGGCUCAAAAUUAUAGUGGUUCUUCAAAGGACAAUGUAAUUUCUGUAUCUUUCUGCUAAAACGAGGGGGAAAUGAUGGACGUUUUUGUGUCCUCCAUAGUUUUCUCAGGUAUCAUAUGACGGUGGCUAGUGCAGUGAGCUCAUUCCAUCUUCCCCAUUUGUAUGAUGCAGUAUUGAUACAUAAGCAAGUUCUCUAUACAGGGAACAGUUGUAUCUGCUUUACAGCUUCUUCCACAGGGAGCUAUAUAUCCAGAAGAAGCCAUCAUGAAAGAACGCUGGAGGCCACGAGGACACAUGAUAUUUCUGUUGGGGGGUUGUGAAAAGAAAGGAGAUGCCCGAGGGCAGCGUUUUCUGCUUGGGAGCCAUUGAUCGAAGUGUCUGAAAGUGAUGGACUGAUUUGUUCUUAUCAAAUGAAGUAUCCUGGUCCCUCCAUGGCUUUCUGUGCACAGAGUGAGGAUGCAUUUCAGGCAGUCCCUUCCCUGCCCCUUUCUCUGCCACCUGGAUUUUGCUACCAUGUUCUAUUUCACCCUUUUCAUACCUGCCUCUCUUGCUUUCAGGUUGGCUGGGUUCAUGUUUAUUUGCUUCUUAUUUAUUUCAUUUAUAUUCUGUCUUUUCUCCAAAGGGGGCUCAAAGUGGCUUGCGUCAUUCUCCUCUCUUCCAAUUUAUCCUCACAACAGCCCUAUGAGGUAGAUUAGGCUGAGAGUUACAUAGAGUGGUGAUUUGAAGCUGGGUCUCCCAUAUCCUAGCCUGACACUAACUGCUAUACCACUCUAUCUGUCCUAGAAACAAACAAAAUUAAACUUGUUGGAGAAUGAAUAGGGCGCAAUCACUCAUGGAUGCCUUGAAACUAUUUAAAAUGACAUGAUGCUUCUUUAGCGCUGGCCUCUUCUCACCUUUGUGGAGAUGAAGGCCUAUAGGCUGAAAUCUGCUGAAUGUUGGAGGCAGUCCAAUACACACGGCACUUUGGGGGUGGAAUUGGGAGAGAGUGCUUACCUCUCCCUAUGAAUGUUGCAUGUUGGAGCCCGUGGUCCAGGGAGGGAGGGAGGGAAUGGGCACUUCUGGUAAACCAGUCCCUCUGCCAGUUUGUCCAGCUGCUCAAGCUAGCCAAGGCCUGUGGUUGGAGAGUGCAUUACCAGCAUUUAUUUUAUUUUAGAGCCUGUAUUUUAGAGGGCUGCUGGGCUGAUCCCUUAAUUUGACAGUUAGGGUCCUGACAGCACCAGAUUCUUCUGAGUAGGCAGUGAAGACUUCUGCAUUCUGCCAGUCCAGUUUAAGUUUGAGACUGUCAUUCAAGGAACAAUUCCAGAUAGGAAUACUCAUAAAGCUGUCUUAUACUGAAUCAGCAUUGUCUUUUUAGAUAGUGGCUUCCCUGGGGUCUCAAGUCAAGAUCUUUCCUUUUAAAACUCGACAUGCCGGGGAUUGAACCCAGGACCUUUGCAUGCCAAGCAGCUGUGGCCCCUCCCCUGAUGAGCAUCUUACUAAUAAUUGUUAUGGGCUGGAAGGUUUCCUGAGCUGCCUUCUCCUCCCACUGAAUUUAAUGAGAACACAGGAGUGGCCCUCGUGUAGGAGGGGAAGUGAGGCAGAUCCUGCUGGUCUGCUGGCAGCAAGCCCAGGUAGCUUCAGCUGAGGUUUUUCUCCUCUUCAGGCAGGUUCUUAGUCUGGGCUCUUGGCCUGGCCACAGCUCAUCUCAGUGGACUCUAGCAAAGAACUGGCUUACACAAUUACCGGGGUGGGUGGGAGAAAAGCCAUGACAAAAGAAUUGGUUUGAGACCAGUUUAAAAGGACAAAAUCCAGACAAUCGUCUCAGGCUGGUACUUCAGAUACGGCCCUAGCGUACCUCUGUCCUAGCCAGGGCUGUUUCAGCCUAGCCUGUUCCCGAGGCAAAAUCAGUCAUGAAAAAGCAGAUCAAACUUCUAGUCCUGAUGGUUGUCUUGAAAGCAUGUAGGCAGUGCCUUUACAUGCCAGCAAAGUGGUUGAAUAAGAAUUUCAAGCUGGGUGUGUGUGAAAACUUCAGAGUCCUUAGUAGCUGACUGCUUUCCCCAGUAUAGAAAAACUGAGGUGAGUUAUGCAAAGAGAACUUACGCACAUCUAGUCAACAUGUAUAAUUUUGGUUCGAACCACGCUCCUCUACCUACUGCUGUGCUUUGUGCCAAUGUUCAGUUUUGUUGGGAAAUGGAAGCUCUAGCAUCCUACACAGCAGCUAGCAGAGCAGGAGGAACUCCCAUUUCUUGACUGAAGCCCUGCUUUGCAUACUGCUCAUUGACUCUGCCUGACGUGCUCUUUCCUCCUUGCAUCUUUCCAGUGAGCUCAUCUUAACUGCUUCUGAUUUGAGCCUCUGAAAGGUCUUGUGGAGGGAGGGAGGAGAGGACUGGUGCCUGAGAAGCUUUGGCCCAUUCUGCCACAGCUGGAGUGGAAGUGUGCAGUGGAUGUACUUUGCUGUUAUCACCGGGGUUCCACUUUGUCCUCACUGACCUUUGCCCCUGCUGCACAGGCAUCUAUCUGAUUAGAUAAUGGCAUAUGUAAUUAGAGCAGGCAGGCAGUUGUAGAAUUGUGCUGGCUCUGUGUGCAGCCCUUGGAAGACUGACCUCAGCAGAGAGUUCUUCUAACUUGCAGUGAUAGUUAACUCUGCACAGUAUUAAUUGACUAUCCCUUAUGACAUCACAGUAGUCACCUUCCCUAACUGGGAGUAGUUUUUCAAGUGGAAUAAAACUGAUUUUUUAAAAAAUAAAUGUUAAUUGAAUAAAUUUGGAAAGUACUUGUGUGGAGGAUGGGGCAGGGGUUACAUCCUGCCUGAAUCAUUAGGAAAGGGGAAGGGGAAGAUGAAAUCAACAGUUCUUUUGAGGAUGCUCAUGGAAUAGAGGUGGGAUAAAGCUCAUAGCAGGAAAUAAGUCCGCCAACUCCUUUCUUUGUAGUAAGUUACCUGUUUUUAUGGCAGUCUUUUAUGUAGCAUAGUAGCCAUGAGCGAAGAACUUAUCCAAUUCAUAUAUUUAUUUGGGGUGCUACUGGCUUGAUUUUUGCUCUUAUUUAAGAAAUGUAUGUGCCACCUUUGUAAAGACUUGCUCAAGGUGUUUCACAAGAUAAAAACAGUGCAAUAAAAUCGUAAGAA